AACUCAACCGGCCACUGCUAUUACCUCUUUAGCCACCAGUCUGGUGCCUGCGAUUUCCUCUACUACUGGAACCACAACUUCUCUCGCCACUGUAGCACUUUCAACAGCCACAAUGACAGCUCUCGGUCCUACCACAACUAUGAUUCCCACAAACCCAUCUUCUGCUCCCACAACUCAACCGGCCACUGCUGUUACCUCUUUAGCCACCAGUCUGGUGCCUGCGAUUUCCUCUACUACUGGAACCACAACUUCUCUCGCCACUGUAGCACUUUCAACAGCCACAAUGACAGCUCUCGGUCCUACCACAACUAUGAUUCCCACAAACCCAUCUUCUGCUCCCACAACUCAACCGGCCACUGCUGUUACCUCUUUAGCCACCAGUCUGGUGCCUGCGAUUUCCUCUACUACUGGAACCACAACUUCUCUCGCCACUGUAGCACUUUCAACAGCCACAAUGACAGCUCUCGGUCCUACCACAACUAUGAUUCCCACAAACCCAUCUUCUGCGCCCACAACUCAACCGGCCACUGCUAUUACCUCUUUAGCCACCAGUCUGGUGCCUGCGAUUUCCUCGACUACUGGAACCACAACUUCUCUCGCCACUGUAGCACUUUCAACAGCCACAAUGACAGCUCUCGGUCCUACCACAACUAUGAUUCCCACAAACCCAUCUUCUGCACCCACAACUCAACCGGCCACUGCUAUUACCUCUUUAGCCACCAGUCUGGUGCCUGCGAUUUCCUCGACUACUGGAACCACAACUUCUCUCGCCACUGUAGCACUUUCAACAGCCACAAUGACAGCUCUCGGUCCUACCACAACUAUGAUUCCCACAAACCCAUCUUCUGCGCCCACAACUCAACCGGCCACUGCUAUUACCUCUUUAGCCACCAGUCUGGUGCCUGCGAUUUCCUCGACUACUGGAACCACAACUUCACUCGCCACUACAGCGCUUUCAAGAACAAUGACAAUCCUUCCUCCUACUACAAUUAUGAUUCCCACAACUCCAGUUGCCUCUGUGACUGUCUUUCCGACCACCUCUGCUCUAACCUCAACUACUUUUGAAGCCUCAAUGACACUUUCUACAACUAUGAUGACCACUUCUACUCCAACUCAAAGUUCUACUUUUUCCACAACUGCUGUGACCACUCUGGUCACAAGUCCUGUACCCCCAUCCACCUCUGUUCCCUCAACUACUGCUGAAACCACAACCUCUCAAGAGUCAACACUUCCUGCAAGUACGAUGACCGCUUCUACUCCAAGUCCUGUACCCACAACAGCCUCCACGGUAACACUUUCUACAACCAUGACAGCUCUUGUUCCAGCCACUGUGAUUCCCAUAACUAUCUUUGCUAGCGCUUCAACUUCUGUAUCCACAACUCCACAAGUCACUACUCUGUCUCCUACCACCAGUCCCGUGUUCACAACCACCUUUGCUCUCGCUACGAUGACUGCUUCUCCAGUGUCUGGAACACCCGGAAGAAGUCAUCCAUUGAUAACACUUAAAACAGCCGGUCGUUUGACACCCACUACUACAGUUGGGUCAACAAUAUCUCCUUCAGGAGCUCGAGUUUCCUCUCCAGCUCAGACGACUUACGUGCCGGCAACCUCAAGAAUAACUCCCGUAAUGGCAACACUUGAAGCAACCAUUAGUCUAACUCUGUUGAUUGAAAUCCUCUCUACCAGAUAUCCGGGAAUAAUGAGUCCUUCUUCAACAGAUUCAACUAGUCAGGCUCCAACUGCCGUCAUCAGGUAUACGUCCCCUUCAGGAACCACAGCUCCCUCCCAAGUACCGACGACAACGUCUUCAUCGACUCCAAUUUCUGAAUCAACUUACCCAAUGACAGCAACACCUGAAAUGCGUAGCAUGUCUCCAACCUCUACAAUCAAGUCUACGACACCCCCUUCAGGAACACCAAUUACCUUACCAGCCCUGACAGCUUCUUUUCCAGUCUUUGCAACACCUGAAAGAACUUCUCCAUUGAUGACGAUGCUUCAAGCAACCAGUAGUCAGCAGACUCCCACUGCCACAAUCAAGUCUCCAUCCACCUCCGGUAAUACAACUCCCUCCCGAGCUCAGAAAACUUCUCCCAUUUCGACAAUAGCAGGGACAACUUUUCCUGUGACAGAAAUACUUAACACAAGGAGCAAGGCUCCCACCACCACAAGCAGGGCUACAUUAUCCUUUUCAGAAACCAGAAUUCCCUCCCAGCUUCCAACAACUAGUCAAGUUUCAGCAACACGUGGAAGCACUUAUCCAAUGGCUGCAACAGUGGGAGAAACUGUACUUUUAGACCAGACCGCUGUCGUCAUCUCCAGGACAUUGGAAAAAACUCUCAGCCAACUUCCGACUCAAAGAGUGUCAGCAACACCAACUACUUCUUCAGUAACAACAACAGCAGGAGCUAUCGGUAGUCUGACUGCAACCACUGGAAUGGAGUCUACAACAUCUUGGACGAGAACCACCUUUCCAGAUCUGUUGACAACUUUGACGGUGACAUACGGGGGGACAUUUCGUAGUCUGGCUCCAAGCACUGAAAUCAAGUCAGAAACACUAACUCCCUCCAAAACACAACCAUCAUCAUCUGGAAGAACUUUUACAGGGACAGCAACACUUGACACGAGUAGUCUGGGUCCAAACACUGCAGUCAGGUCUACAAGCUCUCCUUUAGGGAGCACAGCUCCCCGAACACCGAUUACAACGCCUGAAAAGACUCAUAGUCCGGCCCCAUUCACCACAGUUAGAGCUCCCACACCGCCUUUGCGAUCCACAAUUACCACCUCCACUGCAAUAACUACUCAAGACUCAGCAUUAACUGGAAAAAACGUAUCAGCAAUACCUGUUGCAACGAGUCCAGCCAGAGCAAUCAAGACGACGACUCUUUCUGGAAUGACAACUAAUGGCCCAGCCCAGGCAAUUACUUUUCCAGUGUCAGUACAUGAACGAACCGUUGGUCUGACUCCAUCAAUGACUGUUCCCUCAGUAGCGCUUGCAGCUACGUCUCUUGUGACAGCGACAUCAAAAACAACCAACGGUCCAGCUCCAACCACUGCAGUCACAUCUGCUUCCCCAACUGUGACAAUUUCUCCAGUCCUGUCUAUGUCCCCUCAGAGAAUUCCCUCUGCAGAUUUGACAUCUACUCUUGCAGUAACUGCAACGCCCGAAAUAACCCCAAGUCCAGAUGGAACCACUGCAAUCCUAGCUACAUCUCCUCCGGCAAAGAUCACUCCCCAAGUUCCAACAAAAACCACUACUGUGACCAUAGUGACGGAAACGCCAGCAACAACUUCUCCGGUGUCACCGACACCUGGACCACUUUCUUCUUCAGUGGAUGCAACAAAUUUGAUCAGUAAUUAUCUGACUCUAACCACCACAAUUAGCUCAACACUCACUUCAGGGACCAUUCCCUCCAUGAUUUUGACAACUAUUCCUCCGACGUCAGAAAUAUCCAGUAGACCUUUUCUAAUCACAGGAACACCUGACACAAUCCGUAGUCUAGUUCCAACAAUUGUAAGUAGGUCUAAAACAUCAUUGGAAACCGCUACUUUAGUGCCGAUACCUACAAGAUUUUCUCCAAUGAGAGAAACCAUUGGAAUAGGCGAAGGUCAGGCUCCGACAUCAGUGUUCAGGUCCACGUCCUCUAUAGAAGCAACAGUUUCUUCCCCAGCUCCAACUAAUUCUCCAGUGCUGGCAACGCCUCAUUCAAUCUCUACAAUGGCGGAAACGGUAGUUAGUUUAGGUCAGACCACUCCAGUCUUUUCUGGAACAACGAACAAAAUUACUCCCAAUCAAGGUCCAAUUACUUCUGCAGGGACGGAAAUACUUGGAACAACUUCUGGGACGACAGCUGGACCUAGUGGAAGUCUUUCUGUAGUAACUGCAACCUCUUUGAGGCUCACAAUUCCCUUCCAAUCUGUGACUUCUACUCUAGUGACAGCAACACUUAGUACAACCGAUCAACUGACUUCAACCACCAGACUCAGGGCUACGUCCCUUUCGGGACCCACAAUUCACUUCCUUGUUCCGACACCAAUUACUUUUCAAUUGUCGACAAGCGUACCGACGACGCGUAGAAAAGCUGCGGCAGUCACGUCGACAAGGUUUCCUUUAGCCACCAUCGGAACCGUCCCCGCUCGGAAAACUACUCCAGUGUCACCGACGGGUAUUCUGGCUCCAACCAUUGCAAUCUUGUCAUCACCAUCCCCGGUAGGAACCACAGUUCCCUCUCGGGCUUUCACAAGGAGACAUCUUGUGUCUGCAAAACCCGGAAUAACCAGUAGUCAGUUUUCAAUCAUGUCUCCAUCCUCAAAAGGAAUGCCAACUCCCUUCCCAGUUCAGAGGACUCCUUCUCCACUGUUUGGAGUGCAAAGAAUUCCUCCAUUGAGGGAAACUGUUGGGACAACCAGUUCUCCAACUACUGCAAUCGGAUCUACAAUGCUUUCAGAAAUGACACCCUCAAAACUUCCAACAGCUGCUGCAGCAUUUGCGACAUCAGAAGCAAUCAGUCCUCUGACCUUAAUUUCAGCAAUCGGAAGUGAAAUGUACACUGGGGAAACGACUGACUCCACAUCGCACACGACUCCUCGUGCAAUGACAACCGAUGGUCACGUUUGUGGUCAUGGGCACGGAGAUCGCAGCCACCACUACAGGGGCUGCCCUUCAGACGCUCCCUCACAAUGGGCAACUGCAACCUCUCCGGUCUCAACACCCAACACAACCAAUGGUCUGACUCCAACCGUUGUUCGUUGGUCUGCAACAUCUUUUACAGAAAAUGCAAAUUCUUCCCUAUGUCUGAACACAACUUCUCUGAGGACAAUGUAUGGUCAAACUGGUGGGGAGGGCCCCCGCUGGGGUCGCAAGGGCCCCCGCUGGGGUCGCAAGGGCCCCCGCUGGGGUCGCAAGGGCCACCGGAGGGGUCGCAAGGGCCACCGGAGGGGUCGCAAGGGCCACGGCCACCGCUGGGGCCACAAAGGCUGCCCUUUAGGGAAUCCUUCCCAAUCACUCACAGCAACUUCUCCAGUAUCAACUCUGAAAACCAAUAGGCUGACUCCAAACCUUGGUCUUUGGCCUGUAACCGCUUCAAAGAAUGGAACUUCCCCAUUUCUGACCACUACUUCUCCAAUGAAGAUAUAUGAUCGAAUAGGAAGCCAGGAACAAAAGCCUCACGGCCACCGCUGGGGCCACGAGGGCAGCCUUUUAAAAGGUCCCUCACAAUCACGCAACAAAAGCCAUCAGGUCUCAACACUGAGAACAACCAAUGGUCCAGGUUCAGUCCCUGCUAUCACUUCUAUGUCUUCCAAAGCAACUCCUUCCCUAUCUUUGACAACGACAACUCCAAUGACAACAAGUGGUCAUAUUUGUGGUCAUGGUCGCAGAUACCGCUACAAGAGUCAAGCCCACCACCACAGGGGUCGCUGGGGCCACAGGCGCCAUAUCCACCGCAAGGGUCAUAGCCACCACCGGGGUCACAAAAGCCACGUCCACAGCUGGAGCCACAGGGGCUGCUCUUCUGACGCUCCUUCACAAUCAGCCACUACAACUUCUGCAGUCUCAAGACCUAAAAUAACCAAUAGCCGGAAUCCAACACUUGCUCGUCGGACUGAAACAUCUUUUUCAGAAAAUGCAACUCCUUUCCCAUUCCUGGCUACUUCUCCAAAGGCAAUAUGCACUCAAACUGGUGGGCAGGGCCGUCGUUGGCGCCACAAGGGCCACCGCUGGGGCCACAAGGGCCACUCCUGGAUCCACAAGAGCAGCCCUUUAGCACCUCCCUCCCAAUCACUCAAAACUUCUGCAGUUUCAACAGAGGGAACAACCAAUGGUCCAGGUUCAGUCCCUGCUAUCACUCCCUCCCUAUCUUUGACUACGACAACUCCAAUGACAAGUGGUCAUAUUUGUGGUCAUGAUCGCAGAUAUCGCUACAAGGGUCACGCCCACCACCACAGGGGUCGCUGGGGCCACAGGCGCCAUAUCCACCGCAAGGGUCAUAGCCACCACCGGGGUCACAAAAGCCACGUCCACAGCUGGAGCCACAGGGGCUGCUCUUCUGACGCUCCUUCACAAUCAGCCACUACAACUUCUGCAGUCUCAAGACCUAAAAUAACCAAUAGCCGGAAUCCAACACUUGCUCGUCGGACUGAAACAUCUUUUUCAGAAAAUGCAACUCCUUUCCCAUUCCUGGCUACUUCUCCAAAGGCAAUAUGCACUCAAACUGGUGGGCAGGGCCGUCGUUGGCGCCACAAGGGCCACCGCUGGGGCCACAAGGGCCACCGCUGGGGCCACAAGGGCCACCGCUGGGGCCACAAGGGCCACCGCUGGGGCCACAAGAGCAGCCCUUUAGCACCUCCCUCCCAAUCACUCAAGAAAACUUCUGCAGUUUCAACAGAGGGAACAACCAAUGGUCCAGGUUCAGUCCCUGCUAUCACUCCCUCCCUAUCUUUGACUACGACAACUCCAAUGACAAGUGGUCAUAUUUGUGGUCAUGAUCGCAGAUAUCGCUACAAGGGUCACGCCCACCACCACAGGGGUCGCUGGGGCCACAGGCGCCAUAUCCACCGCAAGGGUCAUAGCCACCACCGGGGUCACAAAAGCCACGUCCACAGCUGGAGCCACAGGGGCUGCUCUUCUGACGCUCCUUCACAAUCAGCCACUACAACUUCUGCAGUCUCAAGACCUAAAAUAACCAAUAGCCGGAAUCCAACACUUGCUCGUCGGACUGAAACAUCUUUUUCAGAAAAUGCAACUCCUUUCCCAUUCCUGGCUACUUCUCCAAAGGCAAUAUGCACUCAAACUGGUGGGCAGGGCCGUCGUUGGUGCCACAAGGGCCACCGCUGGGGCCACAAGGGCCACUCCUGGAUCCACAAGAGCAGCCCUUUAGCACCUCCCUCCCAAUCACUCAAGAAAACUCCUGCAGUUUCAACAGAGGGAACAACCAAUGGUCCAGGUUCAGUCCCUGCUAUCACUCCCUCCCUAUCUUUGACUACGACAACUCCAAUGACAAGUGGUCAUAUUUGUGGUCAUGAUCACAGAUAUCGCUACAAGGGUCACGCCCACCACCACAGGGGUCGCUGGGGCCACAGGCGCCAUAUCCACCGCAAGGGUCAUAGCCACCACCGGGGUCACAAAAGCCACGUCCACAGCUGGAGCCACAGGGGCUGCUCUUCUGACGCUCCUUCACAAUCAGCCACUACAACUUCUGCAGUCUCAAGACCUAAAAUAACCAAUAGCCGGAAUCCAACACUUGCUCGUCGGACUGAAACAUCUUUUUCAGAACAUGCAACUCCUUUCCCAUUCCUGGCUACUUCUCCAAAGGCAAUAUGCACUCAAACUGGUGGGCAGGGCCGUCGUUGGCGCCACAAGGGCCACCGCUGGGGCCACAAGGGCCACUCCUGGAUCCACAAGAGCAGCCCUUUAGCACCUCCCUCCCAAUCACUCAAGAAAACUCCUGCAGUUUCAACAGAGGGAACAACCAAUGGUCCAGGUUCAGUCCCUGCUAUCACUCCCUCCCUAUCUUUGACUACGACAACUCCAAUGACAAGUGGUCAUAUUUGUGGUCAUGAUCGCAGAUAUCGCUACAAGGGUCACGCCCACCACCACAGGGGUCGCUGGGGCCACAGGCGCCAUAUCCACCGCAAGGGUCAUAGCCACCACCGGGGUCACAAAAGCCACGUCCACAGCUGGAGACACAGGGGCUGCUCUUCUGACGCUCCUUCACAAUCAGCCACUACAACUUCUGCAGUCUCAAGACCUAAAAUAACCAAUAGCCGGAAUCCAACACUUGCUCGUCGGACUGAAACAUCUUUUUCAGAACAUGCAACUCCUUUCCCAUUCCUGGCUACUUCUCCAAAGGCAAUAUGCACUCAAACUGGUGGGCAGGGCCGUCGUUGGCGCCACAAGGGCCGUCGCUGGCGCCACAAGGGCCACCGCUGGGGCCACAAGGGGCACUCCUGGAUCCACAAGGGCCACUCUUCAGAAAGUCCCUCACAAUCGCUCACUAAAACUGCACCCAUCCUAAUACCUGAACUAGGCAGUCGCCAGACUUCAGCCCCUGCUAUCCAAUCUACAUCUCCUCCAAAUACAUCUUCCUUUCCAUCUCCGAUUACGUUUUCUUCAGUGCCGAAGUAUCGACAUGUGUCCAAGAAUUACAAUCACCGCAGAGUUCAAAAGGCACCCGGUCGUCGUAGAGGUCAGAAGGCUUAUAGCCGUCGCGGAGGUUUCAAGGGCUAUACCCACCGUAGAGUUCUCAAGAACCGUGGCCAUAUCAGCAGUCCCAAUGUCCGCCCUUCAGAAAUGUCGAGGAAAUUGAUCAGUAAAACUUCUCCGGUCUCAGCACCAGGAACGAGCAACAGCCUGGCUCCAGCUCCGGCUGUCCCAUCUCCAGUGGCGCUUUUGAAAACAGUUCACUCCCCAUCGCUGACCUUUACUCCUCCAGUGCAGUCAUGUGUCCAUUCGUGUGAGGGCCAGAGACAACAGGGCGGGCACAAAAGUGGUCAAAGGGGCAGCGACAACGGAGAUUACAAGAGGAACCCCCACGAGAAAGCCGAGACAAAUGACACUGUCGUAACCGAUCCAGACAAGCACGGCCACAAUGAGGGCAGCCUGAGCGAGGCAGGCGGCGAUGAAGGAAAUGGCAACCGUCGCAGGAGAGACAAUCUCAAGCGGAACAGUGACGAGGGAGCCAAAGACCUGGACGCCCGAAGCCAGGAAGACAACGCUGUGGGAAGCCACGAUAAGGAAGGCACCGACAAGGCAAAUGACGCCGAGCGUGAACAGGAGGAUGGCCGCGAUGAGGCGGACCGCGUUGACGGUGCCAAGCACCGGCGUGGCCGCCCCAAUGAACGAUUGAAGGCCCUCACGAGACUGAGAAGGGGAGCCCCGACGGGCCGGACGGAGACGACGAGGGCGGUCACGCCCACCGGAAGGCUCGAGACUGUACCGAGCGUGACGAGGCAGACGACUCCUCCGGUCGGCACCAAGGAGGGCGCCCCGAGAAACGUGGUCUCAGCGAGGGCUGCCAAAAGAGUUUGGUUAGGUUCCAGGUGGCACGGCGCCUCAAAGUCCGGCAGGAGCCAACCCGACGGCUGGCGCGAGCAUGCUGGUUAGAUGUACUCUCAAAUUGUCAAAUUUUUCUAUUCUAUGAAUAAAUACUCCAAAUUUUUUUCAUG